AUGGUUGAUAUAAGUACUUGUUGUGCCAGUUGUAGUAGAAUUAUUAAUAUUUUAUUAAAUUUAAUAUUAUUAUUAGUUGGAUUAGCAAUUAUUGGUUUAACAUUAUGGAUAAGACUUGAUGACCGUUUUGAAUAUGAAAUAAGAAGUAAUUUAAUGAAUAUUACCACUAAUCAAAAUACUUAUGAUAUGAUAAAUACAAAACAACAACUUCAAUUUGGUAUACUUGUUGUUUUUUGGAUUUUCCUUGGAUAUGGGUUACUAGAUGCAAUUAUUGGAUUACUUGGAAUGGUCAGUAAUGGAUGUAAUAGUAAAUGUUGUUUAGGUUUUUAUUCUUUCCUUGCAAUUAUCCUUCUACUUGUUGAAGUUGCUGUUAUUAUAUUUAUAGUUGUUACUAAAGAUAAUUAUUUAAGUACAGUAACAAAAUAUGUUCGUUUAGCUGUUCAAUCUAAUAAUUAUGAUUAUAAUGCUUUACGUAUGAGGUAUUCUUGUUGUGGUUCUGAUCAAAAUACAAUUGGAUGUCAACAGGGUAGUUUAAAUUGUGUUGAUGCUGUUUGGGGAAGACUUUUUGAAGUUAUUAUUGUAGGAUUAAUAAUAAUUGGUAUUAAAGCAUUUGGAAAACUUAUAACAUCCAUAUUAAGUUGUGUACCAAUGUGUGGUACUAAAUAUAAUACUCUUGUUGAAGCUCCUGCACAUGCAAGUUAA